AUGUCACACUCAUCAGCGAUUACAGCGCUCCAAAAUGAGCUGCCUGUCCUGUGCCGCCUGAUUCCUGAAGGCCUGGGAAUGGCCUUCCUCUCUGUGUUCCUGAAUUUUCUGUUACUUGAUGAGAUAUCACAGUGCAACCCUCAGCUGCCAUCAGAUGGUAAAACCAUAGUGGACGUGCAAGAUUUCACUGCUUUUUGGGAUGAGUCGUCACUGUUGAGUGCUGUGCUGGGGAACUGCCCCGAGCUGGUCAACGUGCACGGGAGGAUCUCGUAUGUUUCUCAGCAGCCCUGGGUGUUUUCAGGAGCUGUGAGGAGUAAUAUUUUAUUUGGGAAGAAAUAUGAAAAAGAAUGAUAUGAAAAAGUAAUAAAGACAUGUGCUUUGAAAAAGGAUUUAGAGGUUUUGGAGGAUGGAGACCUAACUGUGAUAGGAGACGGAGGAACCACGCUGAGCGGAGGGCAGAAAGCCCGGGUCAACCUCGCAAGAGCUGUGUAUCAGGAUGCGGACAUCUACCUCCUGGAUGAUCCGCUCAGUGCAGUAGAUGCAGAAGUGAGCAGGCACUUGUUUGAACUGUGAGUUUGCUCCUCCUUGCACGAGAAGAUCACAAUCCUAGUGACUCAUCAGUUGCAGUACCUAGAAGAUGCAAGUCAGAUUCUGGUAUUGAAAGACGGCAAAAUAGUGCAAAAGGGGACUAACGCUACAUUUCCGAAAUCUGGGGUAGAUUUUGAAGAUAUCCUUUUAAAGAAGGUGAAUGAGCAGGCUGAACUAUCUCCAGUUCCAGGAGCUCCCACUCUGAGGAAUCAGACCUCUGAGUCUUCAGUUUGGUCUCAACCGUCUUCCACACCCUCGUUGCAAGAUGCCGCUCCAAAGGACCAAGAUACUGAGAAUAUACAGGUUACACUAGCACUGGAGAGCUAUUCGGAGGGAAGAGUUCACUUUAAGACCUACGUGAAUUACUUCACAUCUGAUGCUCACUGGCUUAUCAUCAUUUUCCUUAUUCUAGUAAACAUCGCAGCUCAGGUUGCCUACGUCCUUCAGGAUUGGUGGCUUUCAUACUGGGUGAAUGGACAGAGUACACUGUAUGCCGUGGUGUAUGGAAAAGGAAACCUAAUUGUGGUCCCUGAUCCUGACUGGUACUUUACAGUUUAUUCAGUUCUAACUGUGGGUACUGUCCUUUUCGGCAUCACAAGAUCUCUGUUGAUAUUCUGCGUUCUUGUUAAUUCUUCACAAAUUCGGCACAACAAAAUGUUGGAGUCCAUUUUGAGAGUUCCGGUAUUGUUCUUUGAUACAAAUCCAAUAGGAAGAAUUUUGAAUCGUUUCUCCAAUAUUGGGCAUAUGGAUGACUUGCUGCCCCUGACAUUUCUUGAUUUCAUCCAGACAUUUCUCCUUGUGAUGGGUGUGAUGGUGCACGCUGCAGGCGUGAUGGUGGCUGUGAUUCCUUGGACUGUGAUACCCCUGGUUCCCCUUGGCAUCAUUUUCUUUGUUCUUCGGCAAUAUUUCUUAGAGACGUCAGGAGCUGUCAAACGCCUGGAAUGUGCAACUCGGAGCCUAGUGUUUUCCCACUUAGCAUCUUCUCUCCGGGGACUCUGGACCAUCCGGGCAAACAAUGCUGAACAGAAGUUUCAGGAAGGGCUUCCCUGGUGGCGCAUGUUUGACACACACCAGGACUUGCAUUCAGAGGCUUGGUUACUGCUUUUGACUACGUCCCGAUGGCUGGCCAUGCGUCUGGAUGCCAUCUGUGCCAUCCUUGUCACUGUUGUUGCCUUUGUGUCCCUGAUUCUGGCAGAAACUUUGGAUGCUGGGCGGGUUGGCCUGGCACUGUCUCUCGCCCUCACGCUCAUGGGGAUGAUCCAGUGGUGCAUCAGGCAAAGCGUCAAAGUUGAGAAUAUGAUGAUUUCAGUAGAAAGAGUGAUUGAAUAUACAGACCUUGAGAGAGAAGCACCCUGGAAAUACUUCUUUCAUCAUCUACCACCAGCCUGGCCCCAUGAAGGAAAGAUUUUCUUUCAAAAUAUUAACUUAAGGUACAGCUUGGAUGGGCCUCUGGUAUUGAAGGACCUGACAACAGUCAUUAACUCAAGAGAAAAGGUUGGCAUUGUGGGAAGAACAGGAGCUGGAACAAGUUCCCUCAUCGCUGCCCUUUUUAGACUGUUAGAACCUGAAAUUUCCAUCGAUGGGAUCUUGACAACCGUAAUUGGAUUUCACCAUUUAAGGAAGAAAAUGUCAGUUGUACCUCAGGAACCAGUUUUAUUCACUGGAACAAUGAGGAAAAAUCUGGAUCCCUUUAAUGAGCAUACGGAUGAGGAACUGUGGAAUGCCUUAGAAGAGGUACAAUUUAAAGAAGCCAUCAAAGGUGUUCCCGGUAAAAUGGAUACUGAAUUAGCAGAAUCAGGAUCGAACUUCAGUGCUGGACAGAGACAACUGGUGUGUCUUGCUAGGGCUAUUCUCAGGAAAAAUCAGAUACUGAUUAUUGACAAAGCCACAUCAAAUGUGGACCCAAGAACUGAUGAGUUAAUACAAAAAAUCCAUGAGAAAUUUGUUCAGUGCACUGUGCUAACAAUCACAAACAGACUGCCCACCAUUAUUGACAGUGACAGGAUAAUGGUUUUAGAUUCAGGGAGACUGGAAGAAUACGAUAAGCCAUAUGAUUUGCUGCAAGAUAGAGACGGCCUAUUUUACAAGAUGGUGCAACAACUGGGCAAGGACGAGGCUGCUGCCCUCAUUGAAACAGGAGAACAGGGGCACUUCAAAAUGAAAUAGACAGAUAUUACUCACAGUGACCAUCUGGUUAUGAACGCUUCCAAUGGACAGCCCUCAGCCUUAACAAUUUUUGAGUCAGCACCGUGAUUCUACCAUGAGGUCAAGUCUAUUCCGAAGGCAUUUCUCCAAUAGCUUUUGCACUACAUAAGCUAUACUGUAUUUUCUUUACACCAGCAACAAAUAUUUACACAUACAAGAUGUUCGUUUAUUUGGAUUAUUUUCUCCAACUUCACCCAACGAUUCUAAGCUCUUACAAAAGGAUUAUUUUUAUUAUGUUAUACUAUUUUUUUCUUAUCCAGAUCAGAUGUACAGGCCACCAAUAAAAGCUGUCUCUCAGUUUUUGUGCCUUGAGAGACUCCAGAGACAAAGCGCACAUUUUCUAAGGUGCAAGACAAAGUUGUCACAGAUGUUUCUUACUGUUCCCCAAAUUAUAUACCCCUGUCCAAUUAUAUCAAGGAUUCUAUUUAGUUGAA